CUUCCCUGGCCGCAUUUUGGGGGCAGUUUGUGGAUUUCUGGGGGCCCCGUUGUGGGGGGAACCCGGGGCGCCCCAAAAGCCCGGAAAUGACCCAAAAUGCCCGGAAACGACCCCAAAACCGCACAGACGGCGUUCCCGCUGAUCGACAGCAUCGACCCGCACGGCUUCGUGUCCUACCGGCUCUUCCGCGACGCCACGCGCUACAUGGACGGGCACCACGUCAAGGACAUCUCGUGCCUGAACCGGGACCCCGCGCGCGUGGUGGUCGUGGAUUGGCGCCGGGACUCGUUCCGGCUGCAGCCGCACAACGGGCUGGCCCUGCCGCGCUGGGACGGCGGCUCCGACGACAGGGCGCUCUUGGACCUGGCCGCCUUCCUCAAGACCAUCGCGCUCAGCGGGGUCGAUGACGUGCGCUCGGUGCUGCAGAAUUAUUCCCACGAGGACGAUCCCCUGGCGGCGUUCCGGCGCCGAACGCGCCUCGAGGAGGAGGAGCAGCAGCGCCUGGCCGAGCUGGCCCAGGGCAAGAAGCCGCCCGGGGCCUUCCUGGGCUCGCUCGCCGGGCGCCUCUGGCCGCGCUCCAAGCAGCAGUGACGUCAUCGGUGACGUCAUCAGUGACCUCAUCGCCCGCGGGACAGCGACCGGGGGGGAGGAGGGGACCCGGACUUC